AUGUCUGAGCCGAUCCGCAAUAAGAAGAUGGACUCCAUGACCGCCCCCACCCCGCAGAAUACACCUGCAAAUGCCGCGCCCAUAUCGUCGCGCGCUCAACAGCCCGGUGUUGGCACCAUCAAGGAAGAGGAACUUGAGCGCACCGCCGCCGGCCUUUUCGCUGCCAACCCCGCCCUCGUUGCCAUGAUGCAAAACAAGCUCGGUUCGCUCGUGGGCCGGUCAAGUGGCUACAUCGAGUCCCUCCCGGCCUCUGUUCGCCGUCGCGUUGCGGGCCUCAAGGGCGUACAAAAGGAGCACUCCAAGCUCGAGGCCGAAUUCCAAGAAGAGGUCCUCCAGCUGGAGAAGAAGUACUUCGCCAAGUUCACGCCGCUAUACCAGACCCGUGCCAAGAUUGUCAACGGCGCCGAGGAGCCAUCAGAAGACCACGUCAAGGUUGGCGAGCAACAAGAUGAAGAGGACGAGGAUGAAGACCAGCCCGAGCCCGAGCUCAACAAGGAUGAGGGCAAGGACGUCAAGGGUAUCCCAGAGUUCUGGCUGAGCGCUAUGAAGAACCAAAUCUCACUCGCCGAGAUGAUCACAGACCGCGACGAGGCUGCCCUCAAGCACCUGACUGACGUCCGCAUGGAGUACCUUGACCGCCCAGGAUUCCGCCUGAUCUUUGAGUUUGAGGAGAACGAGUUCUUCACCAACAAGACCAUCACCAAGACCUACUUCUACCAAGAGGAGAACGGCUACGGCGGUGACUUCAUCUACGACCACGCCGAGGGUGACAAGGUCGACUGGAAGGCAGGCAAGGACCUGACUGUCCGCAUCGAGAGCAAGAAGCAGAGGAACAAGAACACCAAGCAGACACGAGUCGUUAAGAAGACAGUACCUACAGAGUCGUUCUUCAACUUCUUCGACCCUCCCAAGCCCCCACAGGACGAUGACGACGCCACCUCUGACAUUGAAGAGCGUCUCGAACUUGACUACCAGCUUGGUGAGGACAUCAAGGAGAAGCUCAUCCCCCGCGCUAUCGACUGGUUCACCGGCGAGGCUCUUCAGUACGAGAAUAUUGAAGACUUUGACGAGGGGGAGUUCGAAGACGAGGACGAUGAGGACGAAGAUGAGCUCAGUGACGACCGUGAUGAGGAGGAAGAGUCUGACGACGAGAACGACGGCACAAAACCCAAACAGGAGGCUGCUGAGUGCAAGCAAAGCUAGAGGUCUCACAAAAGAGUAGUCUCUUGCAACUCCUAGAACACACCACCUAUACGUCGUCCGGAGUGGGAUGCUCACAUGGGCUGAACCAAGCUGGACUCAUACCCAUCUUUCAUCAGCUCUGAGAUGCUUUUUUGAACGACAGCACAUCCGACUACAUGAUUUCUCACUAGGCGUAAUAUUGUAUCAAAAGAGCUCAGGGGUGUUUGUUGGGCAAUGGUCGGUUGGGGAUUCCUUUGCACUACAUACCAUACUCAAGAACUACUCAGUUCUCAUCCCCCUUUCCCUUCCAACUCCCCUCUUCAGACAUACCGCUCAAACAGGUUCCUGGGCUCUCGCGACCAACCAUCGCUAGCAUGCAUGGCGUUGUCUAGGUGGGGUUUUGCAGCAUGUUUUCUUGGGGUCCAGGGAUAUUUCAUGAUCACCCGGUAGUUAGAAUGGCGUCUUGAUUUCGAAACGUGUGUUACGGUUAAAUGACAGAAAAGUUUGAGGUCU